AUGAGCGCACCGAUCCGCCGUCAAAUAGGAGCUCUUCGCAAACUUCUCGCACGUGCCAUCACCCACUGUGAAGAAGAUCUACACGAAAAUCUAUCCGACUUCGUUGCCUCCUGCUCAAACGACUCCUUGCUCGACUACGUGGAAGCACAGAACGCACAUCGAGAUGCAAUUCUGUCGAAACUCACGAGGCUCGAACAACUCAAUGACGAAUGGAGCAACUUGAUGACUCAAGACCAAGACGAGGUUCAGAAUUUUCACAACUUCAUAGAAAAGUAUGGAGACUACAGGGAAGAUAUUAGCAAAGCCAUCGCUACUCUUGAAAAACUCGACUCCAACGAAGCAAUUCUCCGUGAAGAUAUGGAGAAAAGAGGAAUCAAAUACGAAACCGAGGUGGUACAAGAAUCCAGUCAACGACACACCACUGUUCACUGCGAAGACAGGAGAGACUGCCGCACCCAGAACAACAUCACGAAUGGGUACGCCUCCGAUCAACAGAACUUCUUCACCUUGCCUCAUGCACAACAAGGAUUUCAAGAGAGCUCCAAUUUCAACUACUUUGAUGCGUCGCUACUCUCACGUUUGGAUCUCCCAUCAUUUUCGGGAAAUCUCAUCGAAUUUCCAGAAUUUUGGUCCAGAUUCAACACUCUCGUUCACUCGAAGUCGUCGCUUACAGGAGCAACUAAAUUUUCACUGCUCAAGAGCUGUUUAAGAGGACGUGCACUUCAAUGCGUAGAAGGUCUUCCGAUCACAGACCAGGAUUACGAAACUGCGGUCGAUAUACUACAUUUGAACUACAACAAUCCGUCCGCUAUUCGACACAUCAUCUACACUCAACUUUCGGCUUUACCACAGUGUGAUCCUGAAGGAAAACAACUUCAAGACCUAUACCUCAAGAUGCUACGCUUAGUUCGACAAUACACGACUAUGACACCCAGCUCUCCAGAAUAUGGAUUAGGAGCUCUUCUAUACAACAAGCUACCAAGAUUCGUUAAGGCUAAAAUUUACGACAAAAUUGGAAGUCAAAGAAACGUCACACCCAACGAACUGAUGAUGCUUCUAUCGGACAUCGUUAAGAAAGAGACUACACUGCGGCAGGUUGAACAAUCUUCCAACUCCAGUCACUCCACAUUCUACGUCUCCGAAAAACGAGGACAUGCACCUCCACACCAAAUGGAAAAACCACGACUACAAAGUGAUGCCGCAAGCUGUCGACCACCGUGCCCAUUUUGUUCAAGGACUAAUCACUACGAGUUUCAAUGCAAGACGUUCGUUACAGCUGAGGAAAGAAGAAAUCGCGCCAGACAAAACAAAUUGUGCCUCAAAUGCUUGAGAGCUGGUCACAGAACUACAUCUUGCAGGAGACCCCCUUGCUACAUCUGCAAAUAUCAUCAUCACCCUGCACUAUGCUUCAAGUCAAGGAAUGUACGGAGCGCCCUACCUGGGAACAAGAACAGUGAGAGUCUUCUCAAACAGCAAAAUCCCGUGUUUGCAAGGAAGUCAUCUAAUCGUAUCAACGAAGAAACGCAGCGCAUCCACCAUGGCAGCUCUCACCAAUUUCAUCGUACUCAACGCAAGGAUCAACCUCAGCAUAUCUCCAGGCAAGUCAAUUACUCCGACACGUCUAUCGAACACAAAAGCAGCGUAGAGAACGACGAAGAGAACGGAACAAACCGACCAGCAGAUCUCACGUGUUCUGCUAUCGCUCAUCCACUGCCAAACAACAGCUCGGAAAAAUCCAACGAUUCCCACCCAGAAAACGCCGAACAAAUCCUUCUGAUGUGCGCACAAGUCACUCUCGUAAACCCGGAAGAACCAUCUAAGCAAUUGAACACCAUCGCAUUCCUGGAUAGUGGAUCGUCGCACUCAUAUAUAACAACCGAAGUGGCCGAUCAACUCCAGCUCAACCACACUAGCGACAGCGACAUCGUCCUCCAUACGUUUGCAUCAUCACAGCCGACAACGAUGCCGUCGAAAAUGCAUAACGUCAGCAUAUUAUUACCAGAUGGAGCCUUAUAUUCAUUACAGGUUCAGUCUCUUCCACUUCUUACCAAGGCGCUGAUGAUACCAUAUAACCUUCACACUGCACUCGCUGAACUUCAAGAGCAUGGAUCACUACCUAUAAAGCCGUCCAGUACAGGUAUCCUUAUUGGAAUGGAUCACUUUUGGCAGUUAGUUCUUUCAUCCAAGUUCUACUCAACGAAGCUUUCAACCGGCUACUAUAUAUUGAACACCCGUCUUGGGAAGAUAAUCACAGGAAAGAAGAUAUCUACGCGCACCAUCAACAUGGCAGUACGAGACGACUAUGAUCAUCCUCUCAACAAAGAAAGUCUCGACGAUAUAGUUCAAAGAUUUUGGACAUGCGAAUCGCUUGGAACAUCUGAAGAGGCCAGUUCUAAUGAUGAUGUUGUUUGCCUAGACUUUUUCAACAAAACCACACGAUAUGAUGAAGAAGAGCACCGCUACUACGCGCGUCUCCCUUUCAAAUCAGAACCGCCUCCUGUUCCAGAAAAUUACGGCCACAGUCUCGCGUGUUUACGCUCAAAUUGGAAAACUCUUGCGAAAAAUCCUGACCAUCUCCAGAAGUACGACAAUAUAAUUCAGGAACAGCUACAAAGAGGUAUCGUAGGAGAAACGCCAACAUCAAUGGUCAAUACACCCGGCACUCACCUGUCUCAUCAUGCUGUGAUCAAUAUGUCGAAAAAGACUACAAAAAUCCGGUUAGUCUACAACGGCAGCGCUAAAAUCAACGACUCACCAAGCCUAAACGACUGCUUGUUCCGAGGCCCAGUUUUGCUUCCUGAUCUAAGUGGCAUACUACUACGGAUUCGCCUUACAACCAUCCUCCUGAUAGGAGAUAUCGAAAAAGCGUACCACAUGGUAGGACUGGAAGAAUGCGAUCGACGAUUCACAAAAUUUCUUUGGCUAAAAGAUUACAAGAAACCUCCGACACCCGAGAACUUGUUGACGCUCAAUUUCCUGCGCAUUCCUUUUGGACUAAUAUGUAGCGCUUUCAUACUCGCAGCUACCAUCCAUCUCCAUCUCACCAAGACAGCAACUCCACUCGCUCAAGAGAUACUUACUUCUUGCUAUGUGGACAACAUCUUUUUGUCUGCAGAAACGAAGAAGCAAGCGGAAGAGAAAUACUUGCAAACGAAGAAGUUAUUCCGGAUGGCAGGAAUGAACGUAAGGGAGUGGAUUUCAUCAGAUGAAGAAAUCAAUGCCACCAUCAGCCAGCACGAAAACUCUCCUAUCGACGAGGCAACCAAACUUCUUGGAAUACAGUGGAAGGUAAAAACUGACAAACUGCUUAUUACUCUACCCACUGUUGAUGCUGAAGCGAACAAACCAACAAAACGAAACGUGCUCAAAAAGGUAGCUUCGAUCUUCGACCCAUUAGGAAUUAUCUCUCCAGUGACAGUCACCGCAAAAAUUUUCCUUCAAAGCUUGUGGAAGGAAAAUCAUCAAUGGGACGAAAUUCUACCAAUUCCUCAGCAGCAAGAAUGGAACAACAUCGUAAAGACUUGGAAUUAUCCCGCCCUGGAAAUCCCUCGAAGAGUGCUACAGCACUCGCAGACGUCAUCAACAUUUGAACUUCAUAUCUUCACGGACGCAUCUCAAACAGCGUAUUGUGCUGUGGCGUAUCUACGAGCAUCCACGAAUGACAACACAGACGUUCGCUUUCUUAUGAGCCGCACGCGAUUAUCUCCCCUUCGCAACACAGUUACGAUUCCACGCCUCGAACUUAGUGCAAUAUCACUCGGAGCGGCUCUCAUGCGACAUAUCAUGAAAGAAACAAAUCUGAACAUCGGUCAGCAGUAUAUCUGGUCCGACUCCAAAUCCGCGCUGAAAUGGGUCAAAACAAAAGGACGACUCCCCAUCUUCAUUCAGAACCGCGUCAAAGCGAUCACAAACAACGCACCAGACGCAACUUUACGACAUGUUCCAUCAGAAUCAAAUCCAGCAGAUAUCGGGAGCAGAGGAACCUCUAUUGCAGCUCUUCUGGAAAACGAUCUCUGGUGGAAUGGUCCUUCCUUCCUGAAGCAUGAAAGCGAGCAUUGGCCCAAGGACAUCAGCGAAGAUCAAAGUGAAUUGAACGAAUCCGUAAACUACGCUGUCAAUGAAAGUGAGCAAAAGCACGAUUCUUAUAUUCUCUUUGAGAACACGUCAAGAUUCAGCAACUGGAAGAAGCUAUUACGAAUUGCGAUUGCCGUGUUAACCUUUCUCUUCAACAUUAGAUUCCGUAUCAAAAGAAAAAAGGGGAUUCGACUUCAGACUCCAGAUUACAACAAGAUGGCAACGAUAAUGCUGUUUAGACAAUCACAGUCUCAGAAUCCAUUGCCGGAAGAACAGAGGAAAAAUCUACGAGCAUAUUUCGACGAUCAAGAGAAAAUAUGGAGAUCAAGAGGCAGAAUCCUCAACUCUACUCUGUCUUUCGAUACGACUAACCCUGUCAUCCUACCACGUCAUAAUUGGAUCACAACUCUCUACAUUCUACACAUCCAUGAAGAAAACUAUCAUAUAGGAGUAGCUCAAACUCUUACCACCUUGCGCCAAGGCGUCUGGAUACCUCAAGGAAGAAGUGAAGUGAAACGAGUCAUCGGCAAGUUUUGCAUGUAUUGCAAAAGAGAAAAAGCAAAUCCAUUCAGCUUGCCACCUUUCCCACAACAUCCUCCAGAACGAGUAAAUAAACCAGCAUAUCCGUUCUACAACUGUGGCAUAGACUACGCUGGACCGUUUCGCACGACAUUCAAUACUGAGGAAAUCAAAGUAUGGAUAACGCUUUUCACAUGUUUAAACACACGUGCCAUCUACAUCGAUGUAGCGACAAGCCUAAGCGCACAAUGCUUCCUGAAUAUUCUUCGGAGAUUCAUUUCAUGUAUCGGAUGCCCACGAUGGAUCAUCACCGACAACGCACCAGCUUUCGUAUCGGUUGCGAAACUAUUUACUCCAGUUUCCGAGGAAGACAAUCGCGACUUAUUGGACUACUGUUCUCAGCACAAUAUCCGUUUCAAGGUCAUCCCAGCUUUUGCACCGUGGCAAGGUGGCGUGUACGAACGGAUGAUCAAGAUCUUUAAAAGCUCCUUCAAGGCUGCCAUAAAAAAUCGGAAAAUCGACUUCAAUGAAUUCAUAACACUAGCGAAAGAAUGUGAAGCAAUCGUCAAUAGCCGCCCUCUGACUUACGUGUACAGUGAUAUAGACUGCGGAUACCCCCUCAGACCAAUAGAUUUUCUUCGACCACUUGCACUAGUAGGAACACCUCGAACAUGCAACGAAGACGAUUCAGACGAUGAAUGGAAAAUCGGAACACAUACCGACGAUUUAGAGGAACGAUGGAAGUUCACUCUCAAUCUGCUUAAUGAGUUUUGGAAAAGAUGGCACAAGGAAUACCUCACCAGUAUGAGAGAAGAAUCUCGAUUCGAACAUAAACAGCCGCAUUUACUGGCUCAUGAAAGUCCACAAGAAGAUCACAUCGUCAUAGUUCACGAUUCAGCAAAACCUCGCGGUCAGUGGAAACUUGCAAGGAUUAUCGAUCGCUCCGAACACAGUGCCACACUGCAAUUACCCAAUGGGCAGAUCAUCACACGCCCUCUCAACCUCUUAUACCCAUUGGAACUCCCAUCGUCAAAACCAAAAUCGACUAAUGAAGAAAAGGGACAAGCCCAAUCAUCAAACAAGGGAGAAUCUACAGACAAUAAACGAAGGACUCACCCAAUGAUCACAAGAAGCAUCAAACGGAACGUUCUGCUGUCCAUUUUGGGAAUCCUUCAAAUCUUCGCACUUUCAGCAGUAUCAGCCGAUAUUAUUUCGUAUACUCCACCGAACACCCGUUGCUCCUCUCAACAGCAAACGAUAAGAAAUUUUGUUUAUGCCGAUCAAUGCACUUCAAAAGGCAUAGCAGUUGCUGUUGCUACCACGGAAGACGGAAGAUCAUCGCUAUGCUGGAUCCAGCUCACUUGUCCUCUGGGACACAUUCGACUUCCCAUUCCACAGACACCGAAUACAGGAUAUUGCGGAAACACCUGCAAAUGCCCUUCGUGGACCACCUUGUGCAGCCCAUACAACGGAAGAUUAACAAAAAUGUCCACCUUCGGGAAUGUACCAUAUGAAAUCGCCCACUUUAUUCCGAAACAAGUAUGCUCCUUCACACCAGCUGAACACUGUUCGAAGCACAAGAAGAUUGGAGUUUUCUAUCAGAUUCAGCUAUACGACAGCACGCUUGUUCUCGUGCCGGAACUGCACCUCAAAACGGCCGAAUUCCUCCACAAAGACGACUAUUACUGCUUCAAUAAAGACGGAAAGGAAUACUCGCACUACCCACCUAUGGCUACUUCAGGGACAUCCGCGUUCUGCCGUCGGCACUCCUGUGUUGAAGCUGACAAAGCCACUCACUUCUGCACGUAUUCUACUCCGGUAACCACAUACGAGUUCAAAAAUAAUUCAGUCAUCAUCCACGCUUGGGGCACAACAACACGACAAUACUACCCCUACGCACCCCUCCCAUCAAACGAGUCCGAACUCCACUUUACUAUUCCUCGAUGCACCACAGGAGGCAUAUCAAUCGACACGACUGAAAAAUUCAACAUGAUCGAAGUAUGCAGCGCCCACGUUUGCGUGUAUGUAUCCGACUACGAAUCUACAACAACGAUCCUCCUUCCAACCUCUAUCGUUAUUUUCGACUACACGACAACAAUACAAGCAUGGAAAGAAGGAACCAGAAAAUUCUUCCACACGCUCAAGUGCACUGGGAAACCAAUAUGUGAGGUGAUAGACUGCAUCAUGUGUUGGGAACACCUCUACAAUUAUCAAUGUUGGACCACCACCCAAAUUAUUACAAUCGUCUUCGCUUCCUUGGUGACGCUCAUCUUCUGCAGGCUAUUAUCACCACUAUUCAAGAGUCUUUGGUGGAUAAUUACCAAAAUAUUUCGAGUGUUGAAGAAACCGAUCAUAACGAUCUUCAACAUCAUAAGAUGCCGUCGACGGAAGUACACAAUUCCGAAAUUCCCGUCAUAUGCAAAAAGAAGAACGGAACGGUACACGCGCAUACUUCCAAUAACUCUCAUGGCCGUACGACUAUGCUACACUUGCUCCGACGUCGUCAGCUUCACUACAACGUCCCAUAAUUGCGAAUUCAACGGCACUAUCGAAACAUGCACGGUGGAUCAUGUAGUAAACUUGCAUCUUCAACCCAUAGGACAGGAGUUGUGUCUACUACUACGGGACUCUAAGGAACAGCCAGCAGGAACAAUAUCAAUACGUCUUCACAACGUCGCUUAUCAUUGUCAACAAAAGACUCAAUACUACACGCGUGAUCAUAGCUUUCAUACCGAAUCCAACCACCAAUGCUGGAAUACAAAGAGCUGUACAGGAGAACCAUGUAAAGGAACGACUACUUCGUCAAAAAUUCCUGAACUUAGUUACUACGCCAAUAGAAGACCAGGCUUCACAUAUUGUUCUCCUAGCUGUAAGUGUUUCUGGUGCGACUGGUGCUUCAGAUGCACAGAGACGUGCAUAUUUUAUCGUCAUUACGCAGAGCCCCAAUCUGCUGACAUAUACCGAGUCUUCAGUUGCCCGUCAUGGCCCAUUACCGUACAAGGAACCAUAACGACCAAUAUGAUGGAGCAAGAAAAACAUCAGGACUUUGUUCUUCAACCAGCCACACCAUAUCGAUGGAAUCAAUUGCAAAUCGCAUUAACCGCAACUGCAUCACCAAAUUUCCCAAUACUCGGAAACUUCUUCGUCAGCAACGGGGAAAAGACCGCCAUCGUGGAUCCUUCACCGGCUAACCAACUCCUACCCUAUUCUAUAGGACAACUGCAAUGUGAUACGUUGGAAGACGCAAAGAAAUUCAACACAUGUCGAUAUUCUCCAACAUCGUGCCAAUGUUCAACAACGGUAUACGAAGCCCAUUGCGAAUGUCCAAAGGGAGACAUAACCAGCUACUUCACCAACGCAUCACGUACUCUUCCACUGUCAAGCGACAACAUCAUCAUACUCAACGAGAACAACAAUAUCAUCGCAAAAACAUCAGCUGGGACAAGCAUUUCUAUCCAGCUAUCCAUUAGUAACCUGCAAAUCUACACGAGACGAUCGCAGAACACAUGUACGGUUGAAGCAGGAUCCCUACAUGGAUGCUACUCAUGUUACACCGGAGCCAAUAUUGAAAUCUCGUGUACCUCCUCAGUCACAGAAGAAAUAGCUACGAUAAAAUGUGAAAAUCAAAACCAAAUCGCAGUCUGUAAACCGGGAGGUCAUAUUUCAAAGCUCACCUUUCAUUUUCAAAAAAGCUAUAUCAAUACUAAUUGCAGCGUGAAGUGUCCAGCAGGAGAGACCUUUUUCGACGUACACGGUCAAUUGCAAUUCGUCACCGAGCCACGCCUCCAGAAUGAUGUCUCACAAGGAAAACAUCGCCGAUCGGAAGAAAAAGGAAUCGUAUCGUUCACCCGCGACAUCGGAAACUCAAUUAUUGGCAAAAUGGCCACCAUUUGGACAUGGUUGAAAAAUUGGAAGCUCAUACUCAUACUAAUUGUUACUUCGCCUAUCAUCGUAUCUUUACUUCGUUUAGCUUUCAGAAGAAAAUCACAACAAAUCGUAAUCAAAAAGAAAAAAUAG